GGUUCCGGUUCCCGUUCCCGGUCCCGGUGUCCCCUCACCUCUCCCGGUGCCGGUGCCGGUUCCCGGUGCCAUGUCCCGGUGGGGUCGCUGCCCGCUGGUCGAGGACAGUUUCAGCCGCCUGGGCUCUCAGAGUAACGUGUACGGGCUGGCGGCGCUGCCCGGGCCCGGGCCCGGUGUCGGUCCCGGUGUCGGUCCCGGUGUCGGUCCCGGUGUCGGUUCCGGUCCCGGGGGUCUCCUGGCGGCGGCGCUGAAGGGGAAGGUGCUGCUGUUCCGGUACCUGCAGCUGCGGCCCCGCCUGCGCCCGCUGGCCCGGGAGCUGCAGUUCACCUACAUCCCCGUUGAUGCCGAGAUCGUUUCCAUCGAUUCCUUCCCCAAAUCCCCGCCCCAGCGCGGCCUCGUGGUCGGGAUCACCUUCAUCAAGGACUCGGGGGACAAGCCCAGCCCCUUCCUCAACAUUUACUGCGACUACGAGCCCGGCUGCGAGUUCGACCUCGACUCCGUGGCCCACCCCCCGGACCCCCCUAGCCCCUCCCGGAAUUGCCAUUCCCGGAACCCCGGCUCGCACCAGUUCGAGGAGCAGCCGAUCCAGCUGCUCUUCCCGGAGCUCCAGGACGUCCCCAGCACCGUUCUGUGGCUCCACGUCCAGCCCCUCCCCGGCUCCGGCCAUCGGCUCUCGGCCCUCGGCUGCCAGAGCGGAUUCGUGCGGGCGGCGCGCGUCGACGAGGGGAGCCGAGCGGUGCUGCAGAGCUGGAGCGUGCAGCAGGACGGGCCGAUCUCCACCGUGCUGCUCUUCCCGCUGCCCUCGGACGGGAGCG